AUGUGGCCGGGCCUCGAGGCGUUGCCAUGGCGCUGGGCGGGCGGCGCGGCCCUGGGGCUCGGGCUGGCGCUGGAGGCGCUGGCGCUGCUGGUGCGCGGGUGGCGGCGGCGGCGCCGGGCCCCGCGGCGCGAGGUGCUCUUCUUCCCGUCGCCGGUCACCUGCACCGCGGCGCUGCUGGGCGAGCCGGGCCCCGCGCCCUGCCUCUGCCCGCUGCCGCACGGCGACAGCCCGCUCGCCCGCCUGCUGCGCCGCCUGCUCUCGGCGCGCCGCUCCCUGGAGCUCUGCCUCUUCGCCUUCUCCAGCCCGCAGCUGGGCCGCGCCGUGCAGCUGCUGCACCGCCGGGGCGUGCGCGUGCGCCUCGUCACCGACUCCGACUACAUGGUGCUCACCGGCUCGCAGAUCGGCCGCCUGCGGCAGGCGGGGAUUCAGGUGCGUCACGACCAGGAGAGUGGCUACAUGCAUCACAAAUUUGCUAUUGUAGACAAAAAGGUGCUCAUCACUGGUUCCCUCAACUGGACCACUCAAGCUAUCCAGAACAACCGUGAGAACGUGCUGAUUGUGGAGGAUGCGGAGUAUGUGGAGCCAUUCCUGGCAGAGUUUGAAAGGAUUUGGGAAGAGUACAAUCCAGCUAAUUACACAUUUUUCCCCACUGAAAAGGAACAGAAAUGACAGCAGCUUUUUGGAGCUGGAAGGGUCCUUACAAAGACACUUGCUAGAAAAAUGCUAUUUGUCAUUUAAUUUUGUUAUAGCUACAAAGACUAUAGCAUCAUACAAGGGUGAAGAGUUCUGUACUUUUCAGUGAAAACCUCACUGUACUAAAUGAAAGUGCAUCACUCUAAACUCCUUGGUAAGUGGUUGUGUAGUAGAAGGGCCAGCUGUAGUGCUGGAGCUCAAAAGAUAAUGGCCACUGCCGUGCACUGGAAGAAGGCAAAGUUUGGAAAUUUGAAGAGUACUGGAUAUUUUGACAGUGAAACAGCCACUUACUGGUUACCCCUAGUGACAUUACAGAAUGAUAUACUAUUUCUGGUAUGGCUGAUCCUUGCUGGGAAACUACUUGUUUAUUUCAUGCAUGGCAGUAUGAGAGUGCAAAUCUUCCUCGUCACUAGUUCUAAAAGAAUUGGGUAAGGGGGCUCUGCUCAAAGCUAUAAUUCACACAUGGACUGAACUGGGUAUGUUACUUUAUUAGGAGUGGAAAGUGUAUUAGACAUUUAACCUUUAAAAUACGUAAGACAAGGUUUGUUAUGGAAAACUUGAUUGAGAAGUCAGGAAUUUUAACAUUUAUUUUGAAUGUUGAUUAGCCUCCCUCUAGUCUGUUCACUUUCUCAGUAGCUGCAGCAUAAUAGAAUCCUAGAAAAAGUGCCCUGGUGGGGCCGGAGAGUAGAUAUGGCAAUCUGCAGAAAAACAAGUCCAGGCUGGCCAUCGUAACAGCCCAGUAGUGUGAGAGAAAUACUUGGAGUGCAAAGUGUUGAGAAACUGACUGUAGCGGAGUUGCUGCCUCUCAGGGAAAGGAGCUGCAAAAGGAAACCCCAGUGCACGUAUGGGACAGGCUACUUGCUCUGUUCCUAUACAAGAAAAGCAGCGUAACCCCAUCCAUAUCAAUUGCCCAAUGUGGCUUGGCACUAGAGAAUAUAGGACACCACUAUUCCCAUUUUAAUCUUUGGGAUAGAUUGGCAGUUUUCUAGCUGGGGCAAGUUCUCCCCUGUGCAAGCCUCCCCCGCAUUUUCUUGCGGAUACUAGGUGUCGUCAUGUCCCUGUAGGCUUUUAAAAUCAUCUGCCUCCCUCCUCCAUUUAUGGUGGCAGUCUCCUAAAUGAAAUUCAGAGGUCAGGGUAGAUUCUUGACUUCCUGAAAACAAAGCCAUUUCAUGUCUAGCGGAAAGCAGGUUACGGCUCUUGAAGAUGCUGUGUGACAGGCAACAGAAGCUGUUAUGCCUAUGCAGGUGUACGCUCUCCCCUGCUUAAUGUACCUGAUUCUUCCCUCAGGUUAAGAGGCUAGUUCAGUUUCCAUACUCAUUACAUCCUUGGCUCUUAAUGAGAGCUCUUGUGGUGUUGACAUAGAAUAAGAACGGAACACACCGAUUUGUUUUAGACAUAUCAGCCUAUACACUUGAAACAGGGAGCUGGAAUGUAAGAGGGUUCAUGUCCUUAUGCCACAGUGCUAUAAUGAGGGUUUGAUUGUAAAACUAACUGCAGCGUAAAGUUUGUAAAGCAUCAAAUCUUGCAGUCCCAGUAACAGCCUUUGUCACAUACAGUUCAAGCUGUGGUGUUUGACUCGUUCUUGGUUGUAAAAGACCGUUUCCCUCUUUUCUUCUUGGCUCUUCAAGUUACUGUGGCUAUUUUUAUGUCUCACAGUUAACUGUUAUUCCACACUUACCACACUUCAGUUUAGAUUGGGCUUCAGAGCUUUACUACUGUACCAGUAAUUAACAGAAAAUAACAUUCAGAAUAGAGCUUAAGAGCUGUGGUAUUGUCAGCAAAUAUAAUUAGAUAUUCUGAAUAUUCUGGGAAAUUAACCUUCCCCUCAUACUUUAGGGUAGGUUAAAUUUGGGGCACAAAGUGAGUGAAUUUUGAUACAGACUCUUACAAGUUCAUGGGAUGUCUGUUUCCCCAUGUCUGGUUAAAAACGCCUUAAUCUUUGUAAAAAUAGGUGAAGUACUGGAAGCCUCUACGGCUAAAAGUCCCACUAGUAUGUUCCCAAUGUCCUGUUAUAAGUAUAGUGAUUAACACUAUUAAGAACACCACAAAAUCCUCAUUUGCCACUUAUGGUAAGCCUUAGGCCAGAGGCCCCAACCAGUAAAAGCAAAAAGAGAUUAGUCUACCCCAGGGAUCGCAACCUUUGGCACACGUCCCGCCAGGGUAAGCACGCUGGUGGGCCGGGCCGGUUUGUUUACCUGCUGCGUCCGCAGGUUCGGCUGAUCAUGGCGCCCACUGGCCACGGUUCGCUGCUCCAGGCCAAUGGGGGCUGCGGGAAGGGCGGCCAGCACAUCCCUCGGCCCACGUCGCUUCCCGCAGCCCCCAUUGGCUUGGAGUAGCGAACUGCGGCC